UGUUCUACUUUAACUAUACGGCUGUACAGUCUAGAAGGCUUUUUCAAUGAUGUGUUAAGGAAAGCGGUUGUUGGUAAAAGUUCAACAAAACGUCACGAUCUCGUGUUUUUAAUCGGAUGAUUUAUCGGCUGUGGUGACUUGAUAUGAGCAUUUACGAAUUUAGGUGAAAGGGUUAUCGAUUGUAAAUGGUAUAUAAGCUCAUAGUUACCAACUGCAGAGGACGUAUUCAUGAAACAUUGAUGCACUUUAAACAUUUCCAUGAAUUAAUUAAAAACGAUUUUCUUAUAUACUUAGCAUGCAAGAUUGUAUAAGUACGUAUAAUAAAUUCAUACGAUGCGGAUACUAACGACUCUCAUAGCAUUGAUUGGAAUACUUGCUGGAUAUGUUGCGGUUUCCACCUCGAAGUAUGACGUCAUCGGCCAACAUAUAAACAAGCAUGUACACCGCCGCGUCCGGAGAUUCGACUACAAUAUGUUCGGUUGCGGGGGUGAGUGUCGACCUUUCAUGGAGUGCUUCAGCGACGCCAUGUGCCGCAUGAUGAAGCAUGAUGUCCAAUACGAGUGCCAGAAACAUUGUUGCGCGGUGCUUUGUGUCUUGCGAACACGCACAGACGAAAGUGACACAGGCACAAUCGUAAACAGUGGUGUUCAUGUGUCGCAAACUGGUUCAGAGACUGGUUUGAGUUCUAGAUAUCCGUCUCCAUCCUUAAACAAUCGGAUAAAUAUAUCGACCUCGUUGAAUACUACUUCGUCUCAGUCUAGCGGAUAUGUUGGUACCAACACUAGCGUCAACACAUCAACAUGGCAUACGCAUGGUUUAUCAAUGCCUCAUAAUACUAGCAAAUCAACAAGCAACGAUACCGUAACGCGAACGAAUGAGACAAUGUGGCACACGUGGUUCCGAUCUCUCAUGGAAACGUACGUUCAUGAGUCAAAUUUCGGCAGCAUUUUUGACGAUGUCUUCAAUGAUGUUCCAAAUGUUGUUGAUGGCGAUGAGAAUUCGCAAACAACGCAUCAAACAAUUGGAGGUAUAGAUGCCCAAAAUGGGACCGAUAAAGACAGCAAUGACAAACCAAAGAAUCCUAAGCGGGGCCAUGAGAAUAAUAAAGGCGGAAACAACAAAGCGAGAGCUAGGAAUGGGGGCCAUUAAGCAAGGGGCAUAAUAUGCCAGUCAGGAGCCUGGCAAGCUAAAUGUUGCCUAAUCAGUUUGUGUAUGGUUCUUAGUACAGACGUGAAAUUAGCUUGUGCAACCGUUCUCACUACAGCAUGGUAGUCAUAAAAUAUUAUUUGUUGUAUGUAAAUAAAUAUAUUGUUCAAUCAUUA